GACAUCUGCUGCAGACGCCAGCGUAGAAGAAGAAGAAAGAAAAGCACGGGACUCGUUCCGGUUGAAGUGCGGGGAAAUAAAUGUGUAGAGGAUUGCUUUUGGAAGACUUGGGAGUGAAAAUGUUGCUGGUUUUGUGUGAAGAGCACAAGGAACAUCUCAGCUUCCUGCACGAAGUGGACGCAGCAGUUGUUGGAGAGUUUGGCCGCAUCGCUUUGGAAUUCCUGAGGAAAGGAGCUAGCCCAAAAGUCUAUGAGGGAGCUGCCAGGAAACUGUCUGUCCCCGUGGAGAUGGUGCAGCACGGCGUGGAGGGCCUCAUGUUCCUCAUGACCGAGAGCUCCAAACACACGCUUUCUGAGGUGGAUUUUUUGGACUCAGUGCUGGCUCUGGACUUUGGUGACGACCUCUGUCAGACUCUCCUGCAGAUGUACCAGCAGAAUCAGAAUGAGAUCCGCAGCAUCUUGAGUCUGGUUCCUUCCAACUUGCCCGCUUACCAUAACAUGGAGUGGAGACUGGAUGUACAGUUGGCGAGUCGCUCCCUCCGCCAGAUGGUGGCGCCCAUGUUGACCACCAGGCUGCUCCUGACACGUGGACGCGGUUCCUGCACGGAACACAGCAGCAGGGUUCUCCAGGUGGACCUCAGCACCCUCCUGCACUUCAUCUCCGUGCUGGAGGGGGCUCUCGGGGCCCUGAAGACCACCCACGCUCGCCGUAUUUUGCGUAACAUAAAAUAACCUCCUGACUGACAAGCUGAAAGAGCACCAAGUUGACUGACUGCGUCCAAGAUGUCGUUGUUCUUGUCAACAGCGACAUUGAUACUUUGCAUUGGCGAUGUGAUGUCAGGGACCAUCCUUUUGUUCAGUCAAACAAAACCACAGGAAGUUACAUCACAUAAGCUGCGGAGGUUAAUUUUAUUUUAUUUUUUCUUGACACUGAAUUUUUGUAACUGACUUUUUUGCGUUUGAAUUUUGUGAUUUUGCUUACAAUUUCAUUGAAAAAAAUGUAAUGUAAAAAAAAAAAAACUGUGUAAAAAAAACUUCAGUGCAGAAAUAUUUGUUGCUUCAAGACCAAAAAUGAUUCCUGGGCGCGGCCACUGCUGCUGCUCACUGCUCCCCUCACCUACCAAGGGGUGAUCAAGGGUGAUGGGUCAAAUGCAGAGAAUAAUUUCGCCACACCUAGUGUGUGUGUGUGUGUGUGUGUGUGUGUGUGAGACUAUCAUUGCUACUUUAACUUUAACUCAAGACGCACUUCUGGUCAUUUAAGACUGAAGCACCUCAUUGGUCCCCAAACUACGGCUUGCCAGCGUCCAAAAUCCGGCCCGAGGGAAGUCUGUAGCUAAAAAAAUAAAAUAAAAAUUGUUUUUUUA